GUUGCAGCGUUUCAAUAAUGUUCGAUAAAUUAUUUCGACGCGUCGCUAAUUUCAGUUCGCACGCGAACUUAUUCCAACACGUGACGCGUCGAUUCAUCUGUCAUCUGUCAUCUGUCACUUUUCCGUCCCCUCCCUCCUCUCCCCUCCUCCCGCCAGCCGUCAGGAGUGGCUGCGAAGCAUGGCGCUCCGUCGUCGCGUAUUUCGUGCGCGAUCCGAUUUUCCGCGCCUCUGACAGCCGGCAUGUGUCAAACGAUCGGUGAUUAACGUCGCCGAACGUCACUGAAUUCCCACGUGACUCGGAUCGUCCGCCGCCGCGAGCGAGGACAAGAAUUAGACUUGUAAGAUUGACAUCGGGGCGAUUAUAAAAUGCUGCCGCUUUCGCACAGUCCACGUGAUUCACGUUCCAACUUCCUCAGUAACGUAAAAGAGAAGCUGUUGGGUUGGAAGCGUCUCAUCUUUUCCGAUCAGAAUACCCGGAAUCUGUUCCUGUUUCUGAUUCUCAACCUGUCUUUCGCUUUUGUCGAACUGCUAUACGGAAUAUGGACCAACAGCCUCGGCCUCAUCUCCGACAGCUUUCACAUGUUCUUCGACUGCACCGGUUUGCUGUUCGGUUUAGCGGCGUCCGUCAUUACAAAGUGGAGGGCGAACGAGAGAUACUCGUACGGAUACGUUAGAGCCGAGGUAUUGGGCGGCUUUGUAAACGGUCUGCUCCUAUUAUUCGUAGCUCUGUUCAUUAUGUCGGAGGCGGUGGAGAGGGCGAUCGAGCCGCCAGAAAUCAAACACGAGAGACUAUUUGUGGUUUCUGUCUUGGGACUCUUAGUGAAUUUAGUAGGAAUAUAUGCAUUUAAGCACGGACACGGCCAUGGACACGGACAUGGUCAUGGUCACAGCCACAGCCACAGUCAUAAUCAUAGUGCGAAAGGACAUCAUGGUCACAGUCACGAUAAUCACUAUUCCCUCCUGAAUCACGAUUAUGACCAUCACGUCGAGGUCGAGAUGUCCUUCAGUGGGACAAACUCGCAAAUCAUGAAGGGCGUAUUCCUGCACAUACUCGCGGAUACUCUCGGUUCCGUGGGCGUAAUCAUAUCAGCUGUGCUGAUGCAAAUGUUCGGUUGGAUGAUUGCCGAUCCGAUCUGCUCCAUGCUCAUAGCAAUAUUGAUAGUGUUAAGUGUAGCCUCGUUAAUGAAGGAAUCGUGGGAGAUACUUAUGCAGAGACAGCCGGUAGCUCUGGAUUACAUUCUACCACAGUGUUACAACAAGGUGACGCAGAUACCUGGGGUGUAUAGCGUACAGGAACCGCACUUCUGGACACUGUGCUCGGACGUGUACGUUGGAUGCCUGAAAUUAGAGGUAGCUAGGGAGGUGGAUCCCAAAUCUGUUGUGAUGACGACGCAAAAGAUUUUCCAAGCCGGGGGCGUGAGACACUUAACAGUCCAGCUGGAUUAUGCUCCCAUGUGAUGAUCUCCAAGAAGUCCGACGCGCGUUGUGGAACAUUCUUACAAAUGUACUAGAAGUGUAUUCAUCUGCGGGCUUUGCCGUAAAGAGACGAGAAACAGGACGGUGCCACGGAUUGUCUUCGCGGCGUCGAAAGUCGAUGAUUGUACACUUUUGAAUGGCGAUCAAUCUCGCCUUGGACUACAGAUGAUUUGAGAAUUAUAUAUAUAUGCCUUACAGAGAAAUUCUGCUGACAGAGAACUGAUUGAAGAAACAAUUCCUAAAAGAGUAUACCCAAUCGAAUCAAAUUAUUAGCUUAAUCAUUUUUAAACGCGAUAUACAAUUGAAAAACAAAACUAUAUUUCUUAUUCAAACACAUUAGGUAUUAAAAAUUUCUUUCAUUCAAAAAUUUCUGGAACAAAUAUUGCUGUUUAACUUUAUACAGAUAUCUCACUGUUAUCAGAGUGAAGGCUUAUCUCUCUGUUUGUACGAACUUUUACUUCUAACUUAUUUGUUUAACUAAGCAUUUCAGAUUCAGGUUUAAUUUAGUUGUAUCGUAAUAUAAGAGUAACAUUGCUUAGAUUUUUUAUUUUUGCAAUGAUACCUUAAGACGCGUCUGUAAACAUAUUUUUAACGAGACCUCCAAGACAAAACAAAAGAGUGUAUUGAAUCUUAUGUAAUUUGUACGCUGAUCUUCUUUACAUAGAAUUAAAUUAUUGUAAGCUUGUAAUAAAAAUGGCCAUAGCAAUCUGAGGACAGCUGUAAGAAGCUAGUCAAGCUGUGCAAGCAACAGUGGAAAGUACAUACAGUAUAACACACAUAAUGGAUUAUCUAAAAAAAUACUUUUACAUCAAAAAUCCAUUAUUUUACACAUUGAUCUAAAACAAGAGGUUGCAAUUUGUAUUUCCCGUCCAUGCUAAGUAUUAUCUUCCUUUGUUAAAAUGAUACGUUGAAUCAAUAUAUGUAACUUAGCAUGUGUGGAAUAUUUGUUGAAUAAUAUUGAUUGAUACAUAAUA